AUAUACUACGGCAACAUAAGGAACAAAAUAAUUCAAGACAAGACAUUUAUACACACAGACACACAUGUAUCAGUGCUUUCUUAACUGCUCAUCAUAUUGUGCUCCUAUUUAGAGAGAGAGAGAGAGAGAGAGAGAGAGAGGGUGUUUUUUCAGAGAGAGAGAGAGAGAAUGGGUAGAGGAAGAGUAGAACUAAAGAGGAUAGAGAACAAGAUCAAUCGUCAAGUGACUUUCUCAAAGAGAAGGAAUGGUUUGCUUAAGAAAGCUUAUGAGCUCUCUGUCCUCUGCGACGCUGAAGUGGCUCUCAUCAUCUUCUCCAGCCGCGGCAAGCUCUAUGAGUUCGGCAGCGCUGGUAUGACCAAAACCCUAGAGAGGUACCAACAUUGCAACUUUAAUCCUCAUGACAACAGUGUGGAACGGGAAACGCAGAGCUGGUACCAGGAGGUAUCGAAGUUAAGGGCAAAGUUCGAAUCCCUUCAACGCACUCAAAGACAUUUGCUUGGAGAAGAUCUUGGACCACUAAGUGUGAAAGAGUUGCAAAAUCUUGAGAAACAACUCGAAGGAGCGCUUGCACAAACUAGGCAAAGAAAGACACAGAUAAUGGUAGAACAAAUGGAAGAGCUCAGGCAAAAGGAGCGUCAGCUUGGAGAUAUGAACAAACAGCUCAAGAUUAAGGUUUCACUAGAGUUAUCAUCGCUCCAGACAGAAGGACAAGGUCUUGGACCCCUUCCAUGCUCAUGGAAUCCUACUAAUGCAUCAACUGGAAACACCAGCUUCUCUGUUCACCCUUCUCAACCCAAUCCCAUGGACUGUGACAAUGAAACUGUCUUACAAAUAGGGUACCAACACUAUGUAGCUGGUGAAUCAUCUGUUCCAAGGACCAUGGCUGGUGACAUAGUCCAGGGUUGGGUGCUUUGAACUUCUCUCAAAUAUACAUAUAUAUAAUAUGACUUUAUAUAUGAUUGUCUGAAUUAUUUAUGUUUGUGUCACCCAAAAAAAAAAAAAAAGAAUGGUUAAUUAUGUUUGGAGCUUUGCAAUGUGGUAAAUUUAUGAACUGAAACUUAUGUGUUCUUUUAUCAUUCCCUUCAUGGGGAUAGAUUACAAAUUGCAUUAUUAGUAAUAAAUAUAUUUAUCCAAUAAGCCCAUUCCCUGCACACCAUUGAAA